AUGCAUCACAUUAAAAAGACAUUUAUUCUGCUGCUCACAUUAUCAUUUUUAUUGUCUGCGGUUGUUUACGUCUCUGAUUUCUCUUUUGAGACAACUACGUUCACUCAAACCUGGUUGACUAAAGUCAUGAAUUGGACUCAUUAUAAGGUAAUUAACAGCACUUUGGUUGGUCAUACUGAAAAGGAUUUAUUAUUUUCACUUUUGCCAAAUCAACAAAUCCAACGAAGAGCAUCAACUGUUGCACAAACCACAGACAUUCCUAUCUAUCAUCAUGUGGCCCACCCAAGCAACUAUCAUUUUAUUCUGGAUGAACCUGAUAAAUGUAGACAGUGGGAUCCGUUCCUGGUCUUUAUGGUCCCUGUGGCGCCCCAUCAGGUAGAGGCUCGUAACGCCAUCCGGAGCACAUGGGGGAAUGAGAGCUCAGUGCAGGGAAAAGCAGUGCUGACUCUGUUCUUCGUGGGUUUGACUGGAGGACCUGAAGCUCAACAGAAGCUGGAGGAAGAGAGCCGUCAACACAGAGAUUUAGUGCAGAGCAACUUUGUGGACUCCUACUUCAACCUGACCAUAAAGACAAUGGUGAUCAUGGACUGGUUGGCCACUCGUUGCGCUCAAGCUAAUUUUAGUAUGAAGGUUGAUUCUGACAUGUACAUAAAUGUGGAGAACCUGAUGAGCCUGCUAUUGGCACCCAACACACCCAGAGAGAACUACAUUACAGGCUAUAUGAUGUGGGACCGGCCUGUUGUCAGGAACAAAAACUCAAAAUGGUACGUGUCAGAGGAAUUGUACCCUGAACCGAUAUACCCCACGUACCUGCAGGGAAUGGGAUAUGUUUUCUCCAAUGACCUGUCAGGAAAAAUAGUUGAGGCUUCCAAGAAAGUAAAGGCCUUUAACAUUGAGGACGCAUAUGUGGGCGCUUGUCUGAAACAGUUAGGCAUUGCACCCUCAUCUCCUCCAGACCCUUCACAGUUUAGAGCAUAUAUGGGACAAUACAAGCGAGAGGAUUUUCUCAGAGUUAUUACAACAAUCCUGGGAUCCCCGCAGCAGCUAAUAGACAUUUGGAAGGAUCUAAAGAAGCCCACAUAAAAGCACAAACAAACAAAAAGGAGAAACAGAUUUCUGUUUUAAAAGACAGGAAACAUGGUAAGUCUAUUUAAGACUUCAUUAAAUUAAUAUUUUCUAAACGUCUGACCGCUGAAUC